AUGGGCGAGGACGGCAUAAAACUGCUUCAGCAGAGGCUGGCCGAACGAACCCGCGAACAUAAAGCAACGCGAGAAGCAGCCCUAGAGAGCAAAUUUCGUAAGCUGCCUGCUCCAAUGUCAUCCAAGAACGACAAACUGGUGCACAACUUGUCGUCAAAGGAGCUGACGGAGGAACAAAUGCAGGUUUUACGGCAUGAGGCCUCAUUCAACACAGCCGAUGCCAAACCUGCCAACAUGAUCGCAGCAGUGGAAUCAAUCCUCAGCCAGACGGGAGCGACAGACGAAACGAAGAACCUCAUUCGACACCAAGUGUCCUCCCUCCUCAUGGCUCAUAGGCCGCGCGAUGUGCUUUCCAAGGUCGAGCGUGAUGCACUUAAAGAACUCAGGGCCGACAACGACCUCGUUAUCGUGCCUGCGGACAAGGGGCGUUCAACGGUCGUAUUGGACAGGACAGACUACAAUCAAAAAGCCAAAAGCUUGUUGGAUGAUCGUCAGUCCUAUGUGCCAUGCGAAUCCAACCCCAUGAAAACGCUGACACGCGAGAUUAACGCGACGCUGUUGGCAAUGGAGAACUCAGGUGCAAUAUCGCCAAUCGACCGACGCAUGGCGAGAGCACAAGAAACGGCCCUAGCCCGAUUCUACGGUCUCCCAAAAGUGCACAAAGAGGGCGCUCCUCUCCGGCCUAUCGUGUCACUAAAGGGCACUCCAACCUACGGACUGGCAAAGUGGCUGUUCCAACGUCUCAAGUUUCUGACCUCCGAUUCGAACACCACAGUCAGCUCGUCAACGCAAUUCUUGGAGAAACUUAAAGGAGUAAGUCUCCUGCCAAGCGAUAUCAUGGUUUCCUUUGAUGUCACGUCCCUUUUUACUUCUAUCCCGCAGGACCUGGCAGUCGAGACAAUCGAACUACUCCUACGAGAGAAGUACGACGAAACGGAGAAUCGCCUCGGACACGCCCAAAUCAUCCAGCUCCUGAAGUUCUGUCUCAAGACGUACUUUACAUUCGACGGAACAAUCUACGAGCAGGUGAAGGGAACGCCAAUGGGUUCGCCGAUUUCGGGACUCAUAGCCGAGGCGGUCCUUCAACGGCUGGAGUCGCUGGUUUUCCGACACCACAGACCGAAAUUCUGGGCUCGGUAUGUGGAUGACACCUUCGUCGUCAUCGAACGGGAUCAGGUGCUGACUUUCAAAGAACAACUCAACGCCGUCUUCCCGGACAUUCAAUUUACGAUGGAGGAGGAGGAAAACAAUCAGCUGGCCUUCCUGGAUGUCCUCGUCUGCCGCAAAGAUUGUGGUGGCCUAAAAACCAAAGUGUUCAGGAAAGCGACAAAUACGACGCAAAUACUGAACUUCAAUAGCAACCACCCGAUCAGUCACAAACGCAGUUGCGUAAGGGCGCUAUACCGGCGUGUUGAGACGCACUGCAGUGAAAUGGAAGACAAGGUUGCUGAAUUACAAUAUCUUCGACGGGUAAUGAGAGCCAAUGGCUACCCGCGCAACUUUGUCAACCAGUGCAUACGAAAAGGACACCAGAGACCAAAUCCAACUAGCCCCAAAUUUUGGCGGGCUCUUCCGUACGUGAAGAACGUCUCGGAAGCCGUCAGUCGUCUUCUCACUCCACUUGGAGUUGGUGUUGCACACAGGCCGGAAGCAACCAUAAGGCGCCAAGUAAUGAGGCCAAAAGACCCGCUGCCACGGCAGGAAACGUUGUGA